GGUGCUCGUUCACACACGACUUCAUUCAAGUUGUCAACAUAGAGGCAAGGUGUAUGAGACAACUGCCAAUUACUUGUCCACUGCAGAGUGUUUGAUCAAUUGAAAUGCGACGAAAGUGUACAGAUAUAUCAGCAGUUAUGUAAAAACAUAUUUUCAACAAGAACAGGAAUUCUUAGGGAUAUAUAUAUUUAGGAAUUUUCUGUGAUUUGUCUUGGAUUAUAAGUGGCACAGAUUCCCAUCUACAUGUGGAGUUACCUCUUUAGGCCAGGAGUUGGGAGGUGAUGUAGAACCUCAACCAUGACUGAGGUGCACAGUAAUCACCUCCAGCGCCUCAAUGCUGCACUGCCUGAGGGAUGGGAGGCUCGCCUGGCAGCAGAGCAGGGCAGAAUAUAUUACCUCAAUCACAACAGUCAGGUCUCUUCCUGGAUUCCUCCCCUGGAGCACUGGGACCCUGGGACAGGGGGACAACCUUAUGGAUGGGAAAGUGCAAUAGACAAGAACGACAAGCAGUACUACAUCAAUCAUUUAGAAAAAUAUACAACACGAGAUGACCCACGAGAUGAUCCAGAUUAUGUGGAACCUCCCAAACCAAGGGAGAUAACUCUAAAUAGGGACCCUCAGAAGGGCUUUGGUUUUGUGGCAGGGAGUGAGAAACCAGUGGUUGUGCGCUUUGUGACAGAUGGGGGUCCUAGUGUAGACAAACUUUUGCCAGGAGAUCAAAUUAUCAAAAUCAAUGGCGAGGAUGUGAAAAACUCACCCAGAGAAUAUGUUAUAGAUCUAGUCAGAUCAUGUAAAGUUUCCAUUUCACUGACUGUAUGCCAGCCUUAUUCAGAUAAUUCCACAAAGAAGUCUUCAUUAUUGACAGCUGCUAAAAAAGCCCGGCUGAAAAGUAAUCCAAGUCGCGUCCGCUUCUCAGAGAAUGUCACUGUUACCAUGGUGAAUGGUGCUCCACUACAAAAUCCCAAUUCUGAUGAGAGUUACAUCCCUUUCAUGCCAAAUGUUUUAAAAGUUUUUCUUGAAAAUGGACAGACCAAAUCAUUUAAAUAUGACAACAAGACUACUGUCAAGGAUGUGGUACAGUCGUUGAAGGAGAAGCUGAACAUUAAAUGUGUCCAACAUUUUAAUUUGGUGCUACAGAACAUGAAGUCCCACAGUCCAGGUCACAUGACCCUCCUCCAGGAACAGGACACUCUCGCAGAGAUCGCUGCUAAACCAGGUGCUAAACAUUUCCGCUGUCUUUUCCGAGUGAUGUUUGUUCCAGUUGAUGCAUAUGAUCUACUCAAAGAAGAUCCUGUAGCUUUUGAAUAUUUUUAUAUGCAGUGUUGUAAUGAUGUGGUAAAUGAAAGGUUUCCAGAACUGAAGGGAGAACUUGUGUUCAAGCUCGCAGCACUGCACAUACAGCAACAUGUGAUGAGCAACAAUAAUGUCGCCAGCAAGAUCAACAUUAAAGCUAUUGAGAAGGAGUGUGGGAUGGAGAAAUUUGUGCCAUACAGUCACCUGGAGCACCUGAAGCCUAAAGAGCUGAGGAAGAUUCUGACCCAGCAGCUGAAGAUGAACCAGAGCCUGACGCCCCCCGGACAGAAACAGCUGUCUUCCAUGCAGGCCAAGCUCCACUACAUGAAGAUUGUCAGCGAACUCAAGACAUUCGGCAGUCGAAUAUUCAUGGUUACUCUAUUGGAUAAAAUGACAGAAGCUAUGAUCUUGGUUGGUCCCAAGUCUGGUAUUGGCCUCAUAACCAACAUCAAACUUUACUCGAUGUCUGUGCUGGCUGAGUUUGACCAAAUUCAGAAAAUUAAAGUUGCCAAAGAAAAGGACAAUAUACAGAGAGUAGAAAUCACCAUCAAAAGUGACAAUCAGGAAGCAAUGUUGAACUUUGGACUUCUGAAGGACGACGCUAUGAAUUUUGUUGCCAUGGUAGAGGGUUACUAUCGGAUAUUUGUGGAUGACAAUGUCUGUCUGGUGGAAAAACCUGCCAGUAAACAGAGCUCAGACCCCGAUGUUCCCCCGUACUUCGGAACACACCGCGUGUCAGCUUCAGCCUGGAGUUACCCGGAGGACGUCGUGACCCACGUAAUCCAGGCGGACCACGAUUCCACAGAGAUAGCCGAGAAUGAGAGAAUCGUCAACUUUGCAAGGGGACCGCCAGUAUAUGAUGGAAGUGACAGCAACUUUAUCACAAAAAUUAAAGAGGACCUAGGCAUCCAGCCGAAGAAUUCUGAAGUGAGUGAAGGAGUAAUCUCCCUUGUAAAAGAUUCAGAACAAAGUGACACUACUCCCAAGCAUGUGAAUAAGGGUGUGAUUGUGAUUGGUUCAGAUCCUAAUGACAUUCAGGAGUACCUAGCAGCCAAAGAAAGAAAAGCUCCAAUCAAACGACCUGAAACACAAGGACAAUUAACUCCACCUGAUACCAAAAAGCCAAAGACGACCCCACAAACAAAUGGAGAGAUAUUUGGAGAUCACAAGAUCCACUCUACAGUGAACGAGGAGGAGUCAUCUGAUACAGACAGUGGGGUGGAGUCAGAGAAGAAGGUUCCUCUGGACGAUUAUUCUCCCCCGGGGGGACGUGGACAGGAACCAGAGAGCAGUGACACGGACAGCUGGGGGACCCCCGCCAAUAGUCCCGCUAAAGGUAGACAGUCCUCUCUCACUGACCCCCUGUCUGCUCUCAACCUUUAUGCUGAUCCAGAAAGUGAGUUACCUAGAACAGAGUCUGAUUUUGAAGUCAUUGCAUCUAGUUUUGGUUUGCUGAGUCCAGACAAAAUCCCUCCAGAGAUCCAGGAAGGAAUUCUCAAUCCCAGAAUGUUCUCAGAAAGGAGGCUUUAUCUUGAUCCAGAUAUCAUAGAUUUGACCUUGAUGCCUCCUCCCCCACCCCCUCCCACAUCUGAGCCACCAGAACUAGAUCAACAAGCUUCUAUGAAACUCUGGCAGUAUUCCUCCACAUCUGAUGGAGGUCAGACCCUAGAAACAGCAGAAGAGAUAAUGCCCAGUGAUCAGGCACCACAUCCUGUCACUCCGCCCUUUGAGAGAUCAGUCAGUGAUGGCGCCACCCCUGACUUCUUUGACUCAGACAUUGAUCAGCUGAUCGCCCAGCUAACAAUACCACCCCCACCAUCUUCUGAGGAGUCAAUAGAACACAUAGAUCAUCUUGCUCACACGUGGAGUGGACCAGACUCUGUCCAUUCAGGAGAGGAGGAGUUCAGUUUAGAGGCAUUUGAAGAGGGCCUGGAAUCUUUAGUCAUUCCACCUCCCCCUGGGGAAGCCUCUGUGUCACUUGAUCAAAUCCCCAUUGUUCCCCCAGUGACCGGCAUUGAGGAUGGGGAAAACAAAAAUGGUCGGGGAAGCCAUCGUCGUUCAAAUUCUAUGGAUACUUUGUGUUUUAAGGUAACAAAGGAUGAGCAUAAUAAUAAUGAUGUUAAUAGUAAGAGUGGUGAAAAUGUAAAAGAUUUGAAAAGUGAAUCUGGUGCAUUAUGUGACCCAAAAGUUAUUGCUAGUGAAAAGGAAGCAAGUGAUUCAAGCAAAUCAAACUGUUUGACAGAGUCCGGAAAAGCUACCUCAAAUGUUAAGGAUGGUCAAGAGAAUGAUUCCCCUGGAUCUGUGUCAGAAAAAUUAAACACCUUGUUACAAAUGAUUCCAAACUUAGGACCAAAGUUAGAAAAUGAGAACGAUUACAAAUGGAGAAGAACUUCGUCCUUACGUCUUUCAAAACCUUCCCCAAUGUAUGACAAGGACAAGGCAAAUCUCCCUAACGGGAUAGUGAAAACUGAUGUGACUAGUGGCAAAGUUGUGAAAAUGCAUUCAGGGGACACUCCAAGUCAGGCUGAGAAAUCUAGUCAGGAAGUGAGACAAACAAAGGGUGAAGUGACAGUGAGCUCUAAAUAUUCUAGACAUCUACGCAGAACUAAUUCAUUUGACAUCCUUCCCAAAGAGGAAGAUGCAGGGGAAGAACCUGAAAAAGCUGUGACUGAAAGUUUUUCCUCCCUGAAGGCUAAACUGCAAUCAUACAGGGAUUAUCUUUUAAACAAGUCCAACAAUUCAAAGAAAGAACGAAAAACAGAGGAGAAGAAGGAAGAGGGACCCCUGAGGAGGUCCAACUCGUUCACCUUAAAUUACCUCAGAAGAAGAAACAGUUCCUCUGAUUCAGAUGAUCAGAAGUCGUCAGGUAAUGAGGCGGUAUUGAACAGAAGCAGACGGCGAGAUAAGAAAUCAAAAAACAAGGAGGACAAAGACGACAAGAAAACUCCAGCUCUGUGGAAUCAGUUGGCAGCUCCUAGAUCAUUCCGACCUCAUACCUCAACAACUACACAGCAUCACACGUUUCCCCUUCAGAGGAAGGAAGCAGACACGCCCACCCCAUCUAGUGGGGAGGAGAAGAGCAGUGGUUUGCGGAAGUCUGGACCGUUAAAGGCGCUGUCUACAGUUUUCACCUCAUCGUCAUCUACAUCAUCUCCUUCUUCAUCACCCAUCUCAUCAGAGCAGACCCCCUUAACACAGACAGCCCCUGUCAUUCCAUCAAAAACACAGGAACCGGUCACCACCACAGAAAGCAAGGACGACAUUUCUCUGGCUGUACAGCCACAAAAGAGACCAAAGGAAAAUCCAUUUGGAACUGUGUCCAACAUGUGGAGACCCAUGUCCAUGUCUAAAAGCAGCAUAAGACAGACGGAAUCAGAGGAGACAAAUUUCAGAGUGUAUAAUAACUUUGAUGCCCUCCGUGAUAUGUCGUCAGGGAAAACGCCACCGAAGGAAGAGACGGUAGUAGUGACACAGAGCAAGUCCAAGCCGCAGGUGAUACCAACAGAAGUCACGAGGGAGAGAAAGGGGUCGUUAUCAGAGGAGAGUCAUGCCGUGGUGAGAGACAGUAUCAGUGUGAGGCACUCGGAUUCGGUCAAACAGAUCAUGGCUAGAACUUACAAAGCAGAGGAAUUUGGAAGUGCUACCAAAGAUGCAGACAGACUGCUCUCUGAGCUCAAACAGACAAUGGAGACACUGAAAGACUCGCGCAUUGACCGAAAGUCAACUCAGUUUGAUAUGUGUAAGGAUGAACUUACAAAUCAAGUGAAAAAAUUUGUUAUGGAUGUUAAAUGUUUGGUCAGCAAUGCAUCACAAACCAAAGAAAAAAUGACUGUGAACUUAAAUAACAGCAUGCACACUCUAGCGAGAAUCUUUCUUCAUACUCAAGCCACCAUGAUAAUGAUGGAAGCCGUUCAUCAAGCACAGCAUCUGGGUUUUGAAGUCAUCAAGAUGACCAAUGCUUACAAGAGCACGGUGAAUGCGGCUCAAGCAGCGGUGGGGAAACCAAUAGCAGAUCCUCAUAUGAGAUAUCUCAUGAGACAAGCCACAAAUCUCGCACAACUCAUCAGUGGCUUGCUCAAAUCACUCAAGGCUUUAGAGCAAAAAUGAAAUUUCAGAAUUCAAAGUGUCAUCUACAAACACUGCAUUUAAAUUGUCAACAUAAUUCAGUUUACUGGAUUAAUCUUGGUCAGUAUCCAAUUUCUUGUUUCAUGGAGCUGUUUGAUUGUUGAAGUAUUUAUAUCAUUUUUUUUUUCAUAGACAAAUAUGGUUACUAUCAUUAUGGUGUUUCAAUUUUGCGUUAUUUGUGUUUAACUAUGAUCAUAUAAAGUUUUGAACAAAACAUAAAAUUACAUGGUUGUUUUUUUUAAAUCAAUUUUCAUUAAGUUUUACAAAGUUCAGAAUUUUUUUUUGUUUAUAGAAUAUGGGAACAAUUAGGGUUUAUAUAAUGGUUGUUUUUUUAUUAAAUAUAACUAAUAUAUAAUGUGCCAAUACUUAGUAUAGGUUGUGUCGUUUCAUGUAAAUUAUGAUGUAUCAUAUUAAAAAAUGUUUUUCUCAAGAAAGAUGCUUUAGUAUGGCAGUUCAUUGGUGUUCUUUACAAAAUCAGAAUUAUUAUUUAUAGUGAGACACCAGAAAAUAAUCUUUAACGAUAACAUGAAAUUUUAGAUUACAUCUGUUUCUUUAGAUACAAUCACCAAAAGAACUUACAAUACAAUGUUUGACUGUGAUAUAUUUGUUUAUAUAUAUAGUACCAAAUUUUUGUUUGAUACUCAAUAUUCUUUUGUUAUGAAAUAUAAAUAUAUUUAUUAUCAAUAUUAUGUUAUUGGAUGUACUGAAAUGUAAUCGGUUUCUAUAGUCUUAUUUGUUAUACCUCUUUACUCUUGUUCAAAUUUGAUUGAUAAUUAAAUGUUCAUCAAAUGAUUAUCAAAAUGCCAGAUUUGUACCACAUGUUCCUGUUAAUUUUGCUGGUAAUACAUUUAAUUAUCAUUUUUCAUUUGUUCUGGUUGGUCUUCAUAUCUGAUUAAUUUAUCUGAAGUUCAUUUUUUGUGUUCAUGAGAAUUUUAUUGGUGUUUUGUAUGCAUAUUAUCCUCUUAAUUGACAUAUACAAUCAAAAUAAAGUUUAAUAUAACUUUAUUUCAAUUGAACAAAUAAAAUUUAACAAAGUACAAUACAUAUGCAUGUCCACAGAACCAAUUUAAAUAUAUAUGUAGAUCUGCAAUCAUUGGCUUACAAUCCUUUAAUAGAUCUUUUUUUUUACUCUCUCUCUCUCUCAGUUUAUUUUGUUUCUAUUUUGAAUCUCUUAUAAAUGGACAUUUUAAGCAAAACAUAUUUGAUACUACCAUAUAUUUUCUUUUGUAACAACAAAAUUUUUUUUUAGUAUACAUAUACACCCAUAUUGAAUCAACCCAUCUCAUACAUAGAUAAUACAGCAAUAAUGUCACUAAUAAGUUGUUUUACUGAAGGAGUACAGCAGCUUUAUUUACAGAUUUUUUAUGUAUGUCAUUCAAUAUAUGCCAAUGUAACAAAUUAAUAAUUAAAAAUAUUUUAUAAUGUU